AUGGAUAUCGUAAAUUUCAAGCUCAUGCUGGCUCGGCAAUUUUCCAGAGAAUCUGCUGCAAUCUCUCGUGCAGAGGAUGACUCCAUAGAGAAACGAGGUGGUGGACGAGCUUUCGUGCCAAUCGAGGAGCGAGGUGGAGCCAGAGCGUUCUUCGAGGAUGAGAAACGAGGGGGAGCCAGAACCUUUGUAGUGAACACAAGAGGAGGAGCAAGGGCAUUUAAGGAGCUGAAGCGAGCUGGAGGACGAGCCUUCGUGCCCAUUGAAGAACGAGGUGGAGCUCGUGCGUUCUACAAAGAUGAUAAGAGAGGCGGAGCGAGAGCAUUCGCACCAUCAAAGGACGACGAUGACAGCCUUCUCGAUUUAGACAAAAAAGGCGGUGGUAGGGCUUUCACAGAAUCGAAACGAGGAGGAGCACGAGGAUUUUCGCCAAUUGAAGAGCGAGGUGGAGCUCGAGCCUUCUUCGAAGAGCCGAAACGAGGUGGAGCCAGAGCAUUCCCGAAACGUGGCGGAGGCCGAGCAUUUAUCCCCGAGAAACGAGGCGGGGCAAGAAUUUUCCAAAAUGUGAAGCGAGAUUAUUUGGAGGAAUACCCCGAAUGGCUCAUGUACGACGAGCAGUCGCCGUUUGAAGAAAUCCCGUCCGAUGGUACGUUCUGA